AUGGAGCCAUCGAAACUAUCGAGCAAUCAGCGAAUGAAUGGAGGAGCUGGAAUGCCAAUAAAUGUGAAGAGUUGCUCGAAGCCAUCGCCAUCAGAAGAUCCAAUUCGCUUCAAGAAUGCUCCAAAGAGCAAGAAUCCAAGCUUAACUCCGAAGAAAAGCGGCCAAGCUAAAGGACUUGAGCGAUUCGUGUUGAUCAACCAAGCCUCUCAGAAUAAUCCAAUAGUUCCAAUAAUGGGAAUCAAGAAUGAGAAUGGUGUUGUCAAAUAUCCGCUUCUUUUGUGCUCUCAAGAAGGCACAAUAAUGUUGGCUCUCGCCGCUGGCGUUUUAUUGGAAAUAUGCGUUGAUCGUAGUUUUCGACUGGUUUGUAAUGAAGAUUUUAUGGCAUAUGUCAAUGCUGGUGGAGGUGUCUCAAGUAUUGUCCACAGAUUCGCCAAGAUCGUGCACUCCGGCGAGCAUGUGCACUGCAAAUUCAUCGCUGUCAAUGACCGAUUCGCGGUUCUCGGAGCCGAAGGUGUGCUCUUCUCAAUGCAACACCUCCAAGCUGCUUAUUUGUUGAACAGUGGGAACGAGAGUCGGACAAGACCAUCGGUGGUGGCGAUCGAUAAGCCAGAAUUUCCAAUAAAGGAAAUCGACUAUUCGCUUCAUCAGAUGUACGCUGUCUCACAAAUGGGCACCGAGUACAUUUCGCAGUGCAAUGAGAUUGUCCAAAAGGCGGGAUAUGAAAGGAAACGCGACGGGACCUUGGUUAUUCACAUUAAUGGAAUCCACAUCAAAUCAAAUGCGGACACCGGAGAAGUAAGUAUUCAAGCGAAGCCGAUUUUCAUGACGAUGAACUCGCAAACGAAUACUGUUCAUCUUCGAAGCGCCUUCAUCGAUAUGGCCGUUCAGGAUCGCGACAAGUGCUAUGUGAAGCGUGCUGACAAUCGAAUCCACACUUCGAGAUCUGGAAUGGUUGUUUCUGAUGGCACUUGCAACAUUUCAAUCGAUCAGCAUGGCGAAAUUCUUUCAUGCUCUUAA